AUGGAGCGGAAUAUCAGCUUUGCCCUCGUGCGGCAGCUCGUCGAACGCGUCCCUCUCGUGCUCAAAACCGCCGCCCUGAAUAUCCUUCGCCUCUCUCCCGCAGGAGGCAAGCAGGAUCUCCGGCUGGAAGUCACUGUUGGGUUUAUUCGAUCGUUUUUGAACUUUCGGUCCUCGGCUCUGCAGGUGCAAAAGAGGAGUAUGCGAGAUCCCGGGAAGAAAGGGUACAUGUGGACAUCUGCCGUGACAAUGCCAAAACCGCCCGAAGACAACGUGCGCCAGUCGCUAUUAGAGGCGAUUGAGCACUAUCUGGAAGGCUCGGAGACGUACGACGUGCCGGCGGUGUGUAACGUGGAAGCAGAGUGGAACGGGUACCGGAAGGGCGCCCAUGCCAAAACCCCGCUGCCAGAUCUUUCUGAGGCGGCAAAGUAUGAGAGGUUGAUGGAAGAUGUGGACGAGGACUUGACGAUUCUCUAUUUCCAUGGUGGUGCCUACCACAUGAUGGAUCCAUGUACGCAUCGUGGCGUGACGACCAAGCUGGCAAAACUAACGGGUGGCCGUUGUUUCUCCGUUCGGUAUCGAUUGGCGCCUCAAAACCCGUUCCCUGCCGCGUUGUUGGAUGCAUUGAUCGCAUACCUAUCCCUCCUCUCGCCCCCUGAAGGUGCUCUCCAUGACCCCGUCCCUGCGCACAAAAUCGUCAUAGCAGGGGACUCUGCCGGCGCAGGUCUCUCUCUCGCGCUUAUCCAAACCCUCCUGACUCUCCGCCGAUUGCAUCCUCAACACACCAUUCGUUUCCAUGGCAAAGAUGUUCUCAUCGAACUCCCUGCCGGACUCGCUCUGUCUAGCCCAUAUUGCGACAUCACGCGCUCACUCCCGUCGACCUUCCGUAACGCUAAAUACGACUACAUAAUUCCUCCUCCCCAAACUCCCGGAUCGUUAUAUACACCAUAUCCGUUCCCUGCUGAUGCAACCUGGCCCGUUACUCCGCCGCGCGUUGAAUUCUAUGCCAACGCCAACAUGUUCACGCACCCUCUCAUCUCGCCUGUGGCCGCUCCCAAGGACAUUUGGAAAGACAUGCCACCGAUCUACAUGCACAUGGGGGAGGAAUCUCUCGAGGACGAGGGCUUGUACCUCGCGCGCAAUAUUCACCGUGUGGGAGGCACCGUCGUGUUAGAGCGUUUUGAAGCCAAACCGCACUGCUUUGCACUCAUCAUGCCGACCACCAAGGUCGCAAAAAUGUGCUUCCGGACCUGGGCUCAGUUCUGUACCAAUGCGGUUAAAGGUGAGGUGCAGAGGACGGGAAAGGCGACGUUCUUCGAUCACACGAUGCAGCAUGUCGAGAAGCGGGAUUUGGAUACACUGGGUGAUUUGAGCGAGGAGGAAGUGCAGAAGAGGAUAUUGGAGGGGAAGAAUUGGAGGAUGGAGGGUGAGGCUGCCCUGGUGCGGGAAUGGAAAGAGUGUCAAGAGAAGGCGAAGCUGUGA